AAAGCCUGAUUCUUCGUGCAACAGUAUUGCUUCAUUGCUUGGAAAAUUUGAGAUAAACGGAACAAAAACAAAUUCAGGAUAAAACAAGGGUUUCCUCACACUCCUUUCUCCGAUCAAACUUUGUCGUAAAUAUCUUGCACCUUCAAAUUCAUCGUCUCUGCAGGAAUCCAAUUUCCCCAUCUCUUCAAUCGGGUUGGUCGCUCUCGUUCCAUGUGAAGGAGCAUGUAUUCUUCCAGAGGGAGCGGCGCUUACGGUCAAUCGUACCCGGGUCAAUCCGCAUACGGCCAGAACCUGGGUUCUAAUUUCACUGGAGCUUCUGUUGGAGGACAUGAUGUGGGGCAGCAUUCUGUGGCAUCAAGGCAUUCAGCGAUAUUAGGUGCCUCUCAGGAAGUUGAUGUUGCUGGAUAUCGCCCUCACAGUUCAACUGCUGCACAGUAUGGGGGGCAGUAUAGUGCGGUUUAUGGCUCAUCUGCUUUGAGCAGCGCACAGCAGGUUCCCUCGUUGGGUACCAAGGGAGCUUCAUCAUCAGCAUUAGAUGGUCGUGGAGGUUAUAAUUUGGGUGUUUCGGAUUCGCCUAAGUUUGCUUCUGGAGAAUAUGUUCCGUCAUCUGGUCAUGGAUAUGGUCAUAAGGUUGAUCAAUUGUAUGGUGACAAAGGAUUGGAAUAUUCUGGAAUAGACAGGCGGCAAUAUGGUGAAAGGCAGAGUGCUUAUAUUGGUAGGGACUUGGGUGAUGCAGCUGGACGGUAUGCUGCUGAUCCUAUUGGGUUUAGUCAUCAACAUCAGCAAGCAGAAAUCUAUGACCGCAUUGAUCAGGCAGCUUUGCUUCGACAAGAGCAACUGCUGAAAGCUCAGCCUCUGCAAGCUGCUUCACUUGAUGGGGGUGCUAGACAAGCUGAUUAUCUUGCAGCAAGGACUGCUGCUAGUCGUCACACUGCCCAAGAUCUUUUGUCUUAUGGAGGAAGGAUUGAUUCUGAUCCACGUGCUUCAUCAAUGCUAAGUGCUGCUUCGUAUAGUGGACAGCAUGCACCAUCAAUAUUGGGAGCAGCUCCAAGGAGAAACUUGCAUGAUCUACUGUAUUCUCAGAAUGCUUCAAAUCCUGGCUAUGGAGUGAGCCUACCACCUGGUAGGGAUUACGCUAGUGGAAAAGCACUUCAUGGAAAUGCCAUGGAGUUGGAUUACCCAGGAAAUGCCCUUUCACGUGGUGGGCACAAUGACCUUAAAGAUGACCGUGCUGCGGGAAAAGGAAAGGGAACGAGAACGCAAACGUGCUCUUGAAACUAAGCGUGAUCGGACUCCAGUGAGAUCUUCCAAGGAUCCCCGUGGUACAUCAAAGGAUCCUCGAGGAUCAUCUUUGACAAAGGAUGGGAGAUCUUCACGACGGGACUCCCCACAUCAUGUUGCUUCACAUAGGCACCAUUCACCUGUUAGAGAAAAACGGAGGGAAUAUGUCUGCAAGGUUUACCCAGCCCGUUUGGUGGAUAUUGAAAGGGAUUACCUCUCGAUAGAUAGGCGAUACCCCCGGCUCUUUGUCUCUCCUGAAUUUUCUAAGGUUGUUGUGAACUGGCCAAAGGAAAACCUGAAAAUGUCUAUCCAUACUCCUGUCAGUUUUGAGCAUGAUUUUAUUGAAGAAGGAAGUUUCACUGAGACUAGGGAAUCAUCUGACAAGCUUUUGAUGGGACAACCUCCAAAUUCAAUACAAGGAAAUACAGUAUGGAAUGCUAAAAUAAUCUUGAUGAGUGGACUUAGUAGGGGUGCAUUGGAGGAGCUGUCAUCUGAUAAAAUUUUAGAUGAUCGCAUUCCUCAUAUUUGCAGUUUCCUUAAGUUUGCGGUCCUUAAGAAGGACCAUUCUUUCAUGGCAGUUGGUGGUCCAUGGGAACCAGUUGAUGGUGGUGAUCCAUCUGUUGAUGACAACUCUCUGAUUAGAACAGCGCUCAGAUAUGCAAAGGAUGUUAUCCAGCUUGAUUUGCGUAAUUGUCAACAAUGGAACCGUUUUCUAGAGAUACACUAUGAUAGACUUGGAAAAGAUGGUUUCUUUAGCCACAAAGAGAUCACUGUACUGUAUGUUCCUAAUUUGUCUGAUUGUCUCCCCAAGUUGGAUGAAUGGCGUGAGCAUUGGCUUGCCCACAAGAAAGCUAUGGUUGAGAGAGCACGCCAACUUGCUUUGAAAAGAGAGAACACAAGAGAUAGCAAGGAAGCUUCUAAAGACAAAUUGGAUAAGAAGAAGGAAUCUGCCUCAUCUGGACAAUCUGGAGAUGCUAAGAAAAAGGAGAAAGAUAGCAAUAAUGUUAAGGUGGAAGCUGAAGAGAAAACUGCAGUAGAUAAGUCUAAAACUACUAAACAUGAUGGCUCUGACAUUGGUGAAGGAGGCAAGAAUGCUGAGAAAAAACAGCCCGAAGCUGAUGCUUGUCAGACAUCAGGGAGUGUGAAAUCUGUAAAGAAGAAGGUUAUAAGGAAGGUUGUAAAGCAAAAGGUUGUCAAUAAGGCAAAUGAUGCCACAAACAAGCAACUCGAUAAAUCAGAUGAGAAGAAUGGUGUGGAGAAAAUAGAAACAUCUACUGUUCUGGUUGAGGGCGAGAAAUCUUCUGUGGGUCCUGAUGGGAUUCAGGAUGCUACGAAUAAUGUAGUUUCCAAGGAUAUUAUUAUGAAUAAUACUGAUGGGGAAGAGGGGAAGGAUAAGGAUAUGAUUAGUUCUGAAGACAAACCUCUAGAUAAGCCAGAAACAGUGGGCAAUGCUACUAUUAAAACAAUAAAGAAGAAAAUUAUCAAGCGGGUACCAAAAAAGGUGGUUGGUGAAGCAUCAAGAACUCUUCCUGAGACUAAAACUGGAGGGAACGUAGAGGCAGUUAAAGCAGAAGACGGUACCCAGAGCAUGAGCAAGCAGAUUGCUGGUGCAGGUAUUGCAGCGACACAAGGGAAGAAAGCUGUGAAGGUGGUUCCUAAGAAAAAGUUAAAAACACCUACCGCUGUAAAGCAAAAUGAUACAUCUGCUUCCAAUAAAACUGAAACAAAAUCUGACAAGGAUGACAAGAAGUCUGAAGAAAAUGUUGUGGCAGGUCAACCACAAGAUGUCACUCAGAACAAGGGUAGGCGGACAGCUGAUGCGGAUACCUCAGUGACAGAAUUGAAGAAAACUGUGAAGGUAGUUUCUAAAAACAAGUCAAAGGAAACCUCUGAAAAGCAAGAUGGUGCAGCUGAUUCCAAUAAAAAUGAAAUGAAGUCCAACAAGGAUGGCAUAAAAGAUGAAAAGGAUGUUGGAAAAAUUGGAGCCAAGUUAGACAAACAGAAAGCCUCUGAGAAAGAUGUUCACAAUGUUAAAGGGAAGUUGAAAGAUGGGGAUAAGGCAAAAGACAUGAAAGGAACAAAAGAUGGAGAUAAGUUGAAGGACAUGAAAGGAACAAAAGAGAGAGAUGGAAAAGACGAGUCUAGAAGCAAAUCUAGUAGAGAAUUGAAGGAGAAGAAGAAGUCCGAUGAGCCUCCUCGGCACCCUGGAUUUGUUCUUCAAACAAAAUGGACUAAAGAUUCUAAACUUCGUUCGUUGUCAUUGUCACUGGAUUCGUUGCUGGAUUAUACUGACAAAGAUGUUGAAGAAUCAACACUUGAGCUUUCAUUGUUUGCUGAAUCAUUUCAUGAAAUGCUCCAGUUCCAAAUGGGUUGUAGGAUUUUGGCAUUUCUUCAGAAACUGCGCAUUAAGUUUGUGACGAAAAGGGCCCAGCGAAAGAGGCAGAGAGAAGAGAGCCAUGAGAAGGAUAGUGAAAGUAAAUCACCUUCAAAACGUACAAAGAAAGAUAACCCUCCUGUGAAGAGUGAGCCUGCAGAUAUGGACACAACGGUUCCAACCGAAGGAGAUGAUGAUAAAACUGUUGUACAGAAAGAUAAGCCUGGUGGUGAAAAAGAGGAGGAUAAACCUGUUGAGAAGGAGGAUGUGAAGAUGGAAGAUGGAUCAGACGAGGAGGAAGAUCCUGAGGAGGAUCCUGAAGAAUAUGGCGAAAUGGAAAAUGGUAGUCCGCAACAUGAUUCAUCUGAGUAUAAAAAUGCUGAGCAAGAGGCCAAUGCAGAUGUUGAAUCCAAAAAUAUUACUGGCAACGAAAAAGCUGCAGAAUCUUCUAAAGAGGAAACUAAGGUUAUAAUAGAAGAGGUGAAAGAAUCCAAGUCUGAUGCACAUUCCACCGAAGAGAAGGAAGGAAAGGUUGAUAAAAUAAAGAAAGAAGCCCCUGCGGUUAAGGAGGCUGUUGUGGACAAAGAACUUCUUCAGGCUUUCCGAUUCUUCGAUAGGAAUCAAGCUGGCUACAUUAGAGUUGAAGACAUGAGAUUAGUCGUCCACAAUCUAGGGAUGUUCCUUUCUCAUAGGGAUGUUAAGGAACUUGUACAAAGUGCAUUAUUGGAGAGCAACACUGGGAGGGACGAUCGGAUACUCUAUAAUAAGCUGGUGCGGAUGACUGAUGUUUGAAUAUUUGAUGCAACCUAGGGUCUCUCUCACUCUUAUUUAUUUAUUUUAUUAUUAUUAUUGGGUGAAAGGACGUGCUGCGUUUCUUGUAAUGCAUGGAUGUAACUCAUAAUAACAUUCUGUCCACUCAACUCCCCCGGAUUCCCAUAAGUUCUGCUAUUAGAUUUCACAGUUGAGUUUGAUCAUUUACUAGAUUCCCGUGAUUUUCUACAUUUAUCCACGUUAUAUGGCGGGGCAUGGGUGAUUGGAACCCCUCUGUAGUCAUGCAUGAGCAUGGUUAUUAGAAGUUUAGAACCGAAUCAGUAACGGAUUCACUCAGAUUAUUGAAUUAUUAGUUGAAUUUUAUGAUGCAUA